UCGUCCUACAACACCCUUCGGGUCUCGGUCUCAAACCUCGAAAAUGGGGUGUUACAGGUUUGUAUAGUGUGAGAAAAACAGAAUUAGGUUGGAUUGGCAUGGAAUAAUUGGGAAGCUUAUUACUGGUAAUCUCUCCCUCUUCCUCUCUACACGAUUACAUGUCAUCAAAUUAACAAUGGUGGAACGCAAGCUCUACAAAACAAGGCUCUGCGUACUCUAUAAAAAGGGUCAUUGCCCUCGUCAGACCUGCUCUUUUGCUCAUGGCGAUGCUGAGCUCCGUCGAUUUAAUACUUCUUCCUCCUUCAAUGGGAGACGGGACUAUCAUGGUAGUGAUUUAAGAGAUAAGCUAGGCAGACGGCAUUCUCCAUCUCGGAGAAACUUCCUUGACACAGAUGCAACAGAUCGACGCCCAUUUCGUGGACAUGAUUCUCCAAGGUCUGGGAAAAAUAGUGACUGGAAUCACAAAAAGAGACAGCAGUUUGAUGGUGAAAGUGAUUUCUCAGGAAGCUUGAGAAUGUCAGAUGGGGCCAAAGAUCAAGCCAAGGACAGAAAACCCACAUCCUUAGAAUUCAAGAAUGCUCAUGACGAGCAGUUGAAACAACUGAAAUCGGAAGUGGAUAUGCUGGAAGAUGACAAGCAACAUCUCGAGAUCUAUUUGGAAGAAAGGGUGCAAGAAGCAGAUAGUCUAAAUUCUAAAAUUAACGAGCUUGAGAUGCAAUUGUCCUCAGAGAAAGAUGAAUAUAAAAGAAUCUCCUCUAAAAUUCGGAAGUUUGUCAAGGCAUAUAAUCAUCAUUCAAAGAUACAAGACGAAUUGAAGAGGUCAGAAGCUCGUCUCCAAAAGCUUGGGGAACAUCUUGGUUCGGAUGUCAGAACUGCCACUAAUGAAGAGGAUGUCAACAUUAAUAUAUUGAGUGAAGAAGAGAUGUUGGGUAAUCAUUUAACGGGCCCAAGAAUUAAGCAACAUAAUGAUGCUUCUCCAAGCAAGAAAAGGUUGCGGGUAAGAGCGUAUGAAGAUCUAAAACAAGCAGAGAAUGUAACAAAAGGAGAAGGGCUUAGUACUGGAAGAGCGAGAUUCGAAAAGCAUUCUAGAUGGGAUCCAGACCUUACUCAAUUCAAAGACAGCAAGGAAAUUGGAAGAGAUAUAAAUGGAAUCAGCAAUGGUAGAUCUUUACUAAAUGAAGGCAAGCCUAAGCAUAGCAUGUUCACCAGCAGUCCCUUGGCAGAUAAGUUAAAAGAUUCCAAGUCAGGCCUUGAUUUCCCAAUAACUGGGAUUGCAGCUCAUGCAGCUGACGAACUCGUUGAUGUGGUUGAACUGGAUGAAAAGUUUGAGGAAGAAGAAACUUAUUAUAUGAGAGGAGAGAAGGGUCAACUUCCAUUGCCGCCGCCACCACCUCCACCCCCACCUCCUUCAGUUCUGCAAAAAGCUUACUUACAGUACAAGGAGAAAGAUGAGAAUGCAGAUGUGGAUGAUGAGAUGGUGGAUGUGGAUAUUGUUUAAUUUUGUGUUACUUCAUCCAUGUUGUAUUGGUUUUCUUUAUUUGUAUCAACAUCAACCUGCACUUGUGAAGCUCUUUGCAAAAUCAAGAUUCGACUACCGGUUUUGUAUGAUGUAUGCUUUUCA